AUGGCCUCGGAUAAGAUUAAAGUAGCAGUUCGGGUUCGUCCUUUUAACAGGCGAGAAAUCGAAUUAGGGACACAAUGUGUGGUCGAAAUGGAAGGACAACAGACCGUCCUUCAAUAUCCGCAGUCGACCCACGACAAAGAAAGGAAACAGCCAAAGACAUUCGCUUUCGAUCAUUGUUUCUAUUCUUUGGAACCCACACUUCCAAACUUUGCCUCGCAGAAGACUGUAUUCGAAUGUCUCGGACGGGAUAUCCUCGACAACGCCUUCGAAGGAUACAAUGCAUGCAUCUUUGCAUAUGGACAAACAGGUUCAGGAAAGUCCUACACGAUGAUGGGCGCGCCCGGGCCAAACGAAGGUGGUAUUAUUCCUCGCCUCUGCGAUGCGCUGUUUGAGAGGAUUGCCGUUCAACAAUCACCACCUGCACUCACAUACAAGGUGGAGGUGUCAUAUAUGGAGAUAUACAACGAGCGUGUCCAUGAUUUACUAGAUCCGGAGACCACGCGGCGAUCGUUACGCGUACGCGAGCAUGUGGUCCUGGGUCCCUAUGUGGACGGGCUGUCACAACUUGCAGUUACGUCCUUUCAGGAUAUCGACAAUCUUAUGACAGAAGGCAACAAAUCACGAACAGUUGCGGCGACUAAUAUGAACAGCGAGUCGUCGCGGUCACACGCUGUGUUCAGCGUCGUGUUAACUCAGACGCUCUGCGACUCCGCCACCGGGGUCACGGGAGAGAAGGUGGCGAGACUCUCACUUGUUGAUCUAGCAGGAUCUGAAAGAGCGGUUAAAACUGGAGCCGUAGGAGACAGGUUAAAAGAAGGGUCAAAUAUUAAUAAAUCCCUCACAACUUUAGGUCUCGUGAUAUCGAAACUGGCUGAUCAAUCUUCGGGCAAAAACAAUAAGGACAAAUUCGUACCCUACAGAGACUCAGUUCUGACAUGGUUACUUAAAGAUAACCUCGGUGGCAACAGUAAGACAGUUAUGGUGGCAACAAUAUCUCCGGCGGCAGAUAACUACGAGGAGACGUUAUCAACGCUACGGUACGCGGAUCGUGCCAAGCGAAUUGUCAACCACGCUGUUGUCAAUGAAGAUCCCAACGCGAGGAUCAUUCGCGAGCUGCGACAAGAGGUCGAAGCUCUUAAGGAGAUGCUUAAACAUGCUACUGGAUCACCUGUGGGCGAAGAUGUGCACGAGCAGUUGGCACAAAGUGAGCACCUGAUGAAGGAAAUGUCCCGUACUUGGGAAGAAAAACUCGUCGAAACUGGUCGAAUACAAAGCGAAAGGCAACAUGCUCUGGAAAAAAUGGGCAUUAGCGUGCAAGCUAGCGGCAUUAAAGUAGAAAAGAACAAGUAUUACCUUGUAAAUCUCAAUGCGGAUCCAUCGCUUAAUGAGCUUCUGGUGUAUUAUUUAAAGGAGAGAACACUAGUAGGCGCUGACAGCGAGGCUGACAUACAGCUGUCCGGCCUCGGCAUACAGCCGCAGCACUGCCUCCUGGUAGUGGAGGGGGCUGGUCUCCUCAUGGAACCCUUGAAUGGAGCAAGGUGCUUCGUAAACGGCACCCCGGUGGUGUCCGGCGUGAGGCUCGGUCACGCAGACCGCAUACUGUGGGGCAACCAUCACUUCUUCAGGGUUAACUGUCCCAAAGAGACGAGAACAGCGGCGACGUCCGAGCCGCAGACGCCGGCGCAGCCCAUCGACUACAACUUCGCGCGCGACGAGAUCAUGCUCAACGAGCUCAGCAACGACCCCAUACAGACCGCCAUCUCGCGACUAGAGAAGCAACACGAGGAGGACAAACAGGUUGCCUUGGAGAAACAAAGACAAGAGUACGAGAGGCAGUUUCAACAGCUUCGAAAUAUUUUAUCGCCGUCGACGCCGUACGCUCCGUAUGCCUAUGAUCCGUUAAAAUUAGGUAAGAUGACGGCGUGCACGCCGACGACGGCGGCGCGCGUGGAGCGCUGGGCGGCGGAGCGCGACGACACGUUCCGGCGGUCGCUGGGGCGGCUCAAGGCGGACAUCCUGCGCGCCAACGCGCUCGUGCAGGAGGCCAACUUCCUCGCCGAGGAGAUGCGCCGCAACACGCGCUUCAGCGUCACGCUGCAGAUACCGCCGCAGAACCUCAGCCCCAACAGGAAGCGCGGCGCGUUCGUGUCGGAGCCGGCCAUCAUGGUGCGGCGGCCGUCGCGCGGCGCGCAGGUGUGGUCCAUGGAGAAGCUGGAGAACAAGCUCGUGGACAUGCGCGACAUGUACGACGAGUGGCGCCGCCGCCAGCGCGACGUGCUCGUCGAACCCGACGCGGUACCGAUCGAUCCUGAAACACCAACGGAACCGAGCGAGAAAGCGAUUGAUCCUUUCUACGAGUCGCAAGAGAAUCACAAUUUGAUCGGCGUCGCUAAUAUAUUCCUGGAGGCGCUGUUUCAUGACGUCACCUUGGACUACCACACACCCAUUAUAAGUCAGCAGGGAGAGGUGGCCGGCAGGUUGCAGGUGGAGAUAAGCCGCGUGUCGGGGCAGUUCCCGCAGGACCGCAUCUGCGAGGCGGCGUCGGACAGCUCGGGCGACAUGCGCGAGGACGACGACCCCGUCGACUCCGCUACACAGCAAGUGACAGUGCGCGUAGUGAUCAAGCAAGCGAGCGGGCUGCCGCCGUCGCUGUCCAACUUCGUGUUCUGCCAGUACACGCUGUGGGGCGGCGGCGAGCCCGUGGUGGUGCCGCCGCACGUGAGCGCCGACACGCCGCCCGCGCCCGCUCCGACGCCCGCGCCCGCGCCCGCCUCGCCCCGCCACCAGCUCAUGACGUUCAGAUUCGAUCACCGGAGGGACUUCACUGUGCCCUUGACUGAGGAGUUCAUCGAGCAUUGUGCUGAGGGGGCGCUGUCCAUCGAGGUGUGGGGGCACCGGUCGGCCGGGUUCAGCCGCGCGUGCGGCAACUGGGAGGUGGAGCAGCAGCAGCUGGCCAAGGCGCGCUCGCUGGCCGACCGCUGGGCGGAGCUCACGCGCAAGAUCGAGCUCUGGGUGGAGAUACACGAGCUGAACGACCAGGGCGAGUACGCGCCGGUAGAGGUGACGCCGCGCGCGGACAUCGUGACGGGCGGCGUGUACCAGGUGCGGCAGGGGCAGCAGCGCCGCGUGGGCGUGCGCGUGCGCCCCGCCGCCAACUCCGGCACGCUGCCCAUCAUCUGCCAGCACAUCGUCAGCGUCGAGCUCGGCUCUGUCACUGUCAGAUCGCGAUUACAAAAGCCAUUGGAUUCAUACCAAGAAGAAGACUUGGCGGUGCUCCGGGAGCGCUGGAGCGACGCGCUCGCCCGCCGUAGACAACACUUACAUGCACAAUUACAGAAACUGGUGAACAUGUCGCCGUCAAUAAAGAACGAACGUGAUAUGGAGCGCGAGCAGUCGCUUGUGGAGCAAUGGGUGUCGCUCACCGAGGAGAGGAACGCGGUGCUGGUCCCGAGUCCCGGCAGCCCGAUCCCGGGCGCGCCGGCCGCGUGGAGCCCGCCGCCCGGCAUGGAGCAGCACAUACCCGUCCUCUUCUUAGAUCUUAAUGCGGACGACCUGACGACGCACUCGUCGGGCGAGGAGGUGACGGUGGCGGGGCUACACUCCAUCCUGCCGAAGGAGCACGGCAACAAGUUCUACGAGCUCCAGAUCCUGCACCACCACGACAAGGACGUGUCCGCCGUCGCCUCCUGGGACUCCUCCAUACACGACUCACAGUAUCUCAACAGGAUCACAGAAGCAAACGAGCGAGUGUACUUAAUAUUAAAGACGACCGUGCGCCUCUCGCACCCCGCACCCAUGGACCUCAUCCUGCGCAAGCGCCUCGCGCUCAACAUCUACAAGCGCCAGAGUCUCACCGAUCGGAUAAGGAAGAAGAUUGUGAGAAUCGACCAGCUAACCCAAACAGGUGUCACCUACGAGGUGGUCUCUAACAUACCGAAAGCAUCCGAAGAAUUGGAAGAGCGUGAAAGUCUCGCGCAGAUCGCGGCUACAGGGGAGGAGGCCAGUGCAGCGGACGGAGAAACUUAUAUUGAAAAAUACACGCGAGGCGUAAGCGCUGUCGAGAGCAUAUUGACGCUCGAUCGUUUGCGACAAAGCGUCGCCGUUAAGGAGCUGGAGCAGGCUCGUGGUCAACCUAUCACCAUGCGGAAAACAGCCUCCGUACCGAACUUCUCGCAGCUGUCGCAGGCGCUCGAGACCGCGGCCAAGAACGGGACGAACAUUAUGCGUUUGGACUCGUCGUUCGAGUCGCUGUCGGGUCUGGCGGGCGGGCGCUCGGGCAGCGUGGCCGACCUCGCGGACGAGACGCCGCGCCGCAACGCGCACCGCCACUCGUACGCCGCGCCCGCGCACAACGACCCGGACAUCGCCACGCCCACUAAACCGUUCGGCCUUGCUCGACCAACGUUCCUUAACUUGAAUUUGAACCUGAACUCACUGCGACUGCAGACGCCCAACAAGUCAUCACCCGCUAGUGGGAAAUUGGGUCUUCGUAUGACGACACUGCACGAGGAGCCGGGACGUAAGAACGAUGAAGAUUCUCACUCCGAGCCGGAGUCUGCGCCCACUGAUGAGCUUACUACGCCACGUUCUCAUCGUACCCGUUCUCGGGCUACAUCGCGUGGAUUCUUGCCAACUUCGAAGACUCUCGAUUCAUUACACGAACUCGCGUGUGAACGAGUGCCCAAUAAAAGUUCACCAUCGAUAUCAUCUAGUGGAUAUGGUUCCCAAGCAGUAUCAUCAACAAAUCUCACAAAUGAUGACACGCUUUCAAUUAGAAGUAUGUCAGUAGACGACACCCCGGACUUCGAUAAAACUAUGGACUAUACAAAUCUAAGUCGAACAAAAACAUCAAUGGCGGGCCUCAGGAACGAGAUAACUGAAUUGAGAAACGAUAUAAGCGAACUGAAGAAUGAAAUCGUUGAAUCAAAGAAUGAACUGGAAGAGGCGACAUUCGACAAAGCUAAAACCCCUGUACUGACCCCAGGGUCCCGGAAUAGAAUCAAUCCAUUCUUACGGGACUGUGAGGAGAUAUGUAAGAAGGAAGCCCCUAUGCUUGAUCCUUUGGGAGCCAUUCCGGUAGAAACCGCAGUGUUGUCUAGUCAAACGCAUAAAGAAAACGUCCAAGUUAAUGGCGAAACCACUCAUGAAACCUCUUUCAGUGAAGCAGACGUAGAGUCAGUGAGCUCUGAACAGUCGAGUCAAGAGGCGUGCAGUCGCGAGACCUCGUCGAUGGGGGAGAGCGACUCGCCCGGCCCCGACCCCGUCGUCAACACGUCGCUACCGGCUGGCAAGGUGGUGCGUCGUCGCGCGGGCACGGCGUCGCGCAACGCGGCGCGCGCGUCGUACCCGGCGGCGCGGCCCAAGUCCGCGCACGAGCCGCGUCUGCGCGACACGCCCGCCUCCUCCACCGAGAGGAUUGGGGACGAGGGUGUGGAGGCGUGCGGCGGGCACGCGGUGCCGGAGUGGGUGUGCGUGGGCGAGAGCGUGCAGCUGCGGCUGAGCAGCAGCACGGGCGUGGUGGCGUACGUCGGCCCCACGCACUUCGCGCACGGGCCCUGGGUCGGCGUCGAGCUAGAUGCGCCCAUCGGUAAGAACGACGGGUCGGUGGGCGGCACGCGCUACUUCUCGUGCCGGCCGCGCCACGGCAUCUUCGUGCGCGCCGACAAGCUGGUGCAGGACCGGCGCGGCCGCAGCGUGCGCGCCUUCCGCGACACUGAGCUCAAGCGCGCCAACAGCAAGGGCGAAGGCCUCCACAAGCUGCACAGGUCGCGGAGUCGCGGCGACAGCAUAAACGCGGUGGGCACGAAGAGCCGCGCCAAG